AGGAUGUGCAGAAAACAGUGAGGGCUUAGUGGAUGUGUAAAAGCAGAGAGUGUGUGUGGAGUGUCCAAGUGCGUAAUCUUCCCCAGCCAUCAUUUCCCGCCGAACACUCGCGGUAUAGACGCGUGAGGGAAUGCGCGUGAGGAUAUUAUCGGCGCGCGGGGGUCUAAUUGGUGCGAUUCUUGUCUCUCUCACGUCUAAAACGUCGAGGAAAUAGUGAAAAUAUCGCAAAAGAACAGUUUGUCGUUAUCCCCGCAAACAAGACGGGAGUCUCUUGUUUUUUUGGAUAGAGGGCGGUUGAAAAAAAGCCGCAAGGAAGAACGGACCCUUGGCUAUUUAAAGUUUAGUGAGGACGGUUACUGGCUCUGAGGUGAUUGUUAUGAAACUCACAAAAGAAAAAACGAUGGAGAAGGAGAAAUUGUGGAUUUUAUGAGUUUGCACUGUUUGGGACACACGCAGAGAGUGCAGAUGCCAAGCUGCAGUAGAGGAUGAUUGACAGAAGGCAAAGCUGAGACGGCUGUCAGUCAACAUCCAGCCAGAGAGUCGAUUCAUCAGAGUGUCAGAAUCCUUGCUCUCUCUCCAGCCCGACCGAUCACUUUGUCUUCUCUGCUUCCACUUCUCUUAUCUCUGCUGGCAUCCUGAACCUUCCCCUUCCCAGCAGACACAAUAAAGACCAGAGGUGGAGACAGAAGCAUCGGUCUUGACGUCCUUACAGUGACCAAAGGGAAGCUGGUAUGCUGCUGCACCUCUUCUGUCCCACGUUCAACAAAAGGAUUAUUUUGUGAACCAGACCCAGAUCUUCCUCACCAUUCCCUCUUUCUCUAUCUCUCCUUCUCUCGUGCAUCUUUGAGAGGAAGGGUGCAGACGGAUACUUUACAUCACAGUGAAUAGUCUAUUGGAGGGGCGGCCCGAAUAAAGGAAGCAGCCAUGCGUUUCCCGCUGCUCUUGACACUGCAGGCAUCAUGGCUGACAGUUUGUCAGGCCACGCAGCACUAUCCCACAACCUGGGGACACUACGACUUGUGCAAGUCAGAAGGCUACACGGACGAAGGCCCAAUCUGGUAUUACAUGGCCUGUCAGCCGGAAGCCGCAGACAUGACCAAGUACCUAAAAGUGUUUCUUGACCCACCCAACAUCACCUGUGGAGACCCACCAGAGACCUACUGCACCCUGGAAAACCCCUAUAUGUGCAACAAUGAGUGUGACGCAGCCACAGAAGAGCUGGCCCACCCCCCUGAGCUCAUGUUCGACCAUGAGGGCCGCAACCCCACCACCUUCUGGCAGUCCACCUCCUGGAAGAAAUACCCUAAACCUCUGGUGGUCAACAUAACCCUGUCAUGGAACAAGACUAUUGAGCUGACCGAUGAUAUUGUCAUCACUUUUGAGUCGGGUCGGCCAGAGCAAAUGGUUUUGGAGAAGUCUCUGGACUAUGGACGUAGCUGGCAGCCCUACCAGUUCUAUGCUACCGACUGCCUUGACGCUUUCACUAUGGAGCCCAAAACGGUGAGGGACAUUACCCAGCACACGUUGCUGGACAUCAUCUGCACCGAGGAAUAUUCAAGAGGUUACGUGUGGAAGAACGACAAGACUGUACGCUUUGAAGUCAAAGACCGUUUCGCACUGUUUGCCGGGCCCAAGUUGCACAAUAUGGCCUCGCUGUAUGGACAACUGGACACCACCAAGAACCUGAGAGACUUUUUCACCAUUACUGACCUGCGUAUACGUCUUCUCAGGCCUGCCACGGGCACCACCAUGGUGGAUGAGUACAACCUUUCCAGAUACUUCUACGCCAUCUCUGGCAUUAAAAUACAUGGCAGGUGCAAGUGCAACCUUCAUGCCAACAGCUGCAUCUAUGACAAAGAGAGACUGACUUGCGAGUGUGAGCACAACACCACAGGGCCUGACUGUGGCCGCUGUAAGAGGAAUUAUCAGGCCAGAGCUUGGAGUGCAGGAUCCUAUCUCCCCAUCCCCAAGGGCACAGCAAAUAUCUGUCUGCCAAAUAGUGUUGGUCCAGUUAUUCGGCAGAACAUUUCAUCCCUAGGUGUCGCUAACCGAAAUCAAGCUCCUCAAGUUGUUUUGUCAACUGUUCCUUCUGUACAAGCUGCAAACAGUAAGAGAGCCCGGGUGUGCGACAAUGAACUUCUGCGUUGCCAAAACGGCGGUGUGUGUGUGAACAAUAUCCGUUGUCAGUGUCCUCCGGCGUACACCGGCCUGCUGUGUGAGAAACCGCAGUGUGAAAACGAGCCAGGAGGCUGCGGAGGGUCAGACUCUGGCCAGGCUUCCCUCCACCCCCCUGGGCUGAUCCUGCUUUUGCUGCUGUGCAUUCUGGGUCCCGUUUUCCACGUGGAGAUCUGCUAGACCACAGUCCUUUGAGAGGCAGAUCUCCAACUGUCCAGCUUCUUCUGUAUGAGCAGCGCACCAGACUCACCGACACUUGGCCGGCCAUGUGGAAUGUGCCCAAAUAUCAAAGCGAAAUUUUCUUAUUGAAAAUACAAUAAAUAAUACAUCAAUAAAAAUAGUAUUUAUAAAAAUGGAUUCAAUAUGAAAAUCGAAAAGUAAAAAAAAAACAUCAAGGUGUUAUUUAUAGAAUUUACCUGAGCAUAUGCUUCAUGAAGCAAAUAAGAGGAAGUAGAGACGUGAACUAAGCCAUAAUAGAUACUCACUCCCCUAACAGAGCGAGAGAGUGACAGGGAUUGGAGCGGACAAGACUCAUCCCUUUCCUCUCUUUAUCACCACGGCAACGGGAGCUGCGUUCAGCCAGCGGCAUGUACAAGUAAAGCCAGCUGCCGCCUCUCACCUGAACCAUUCUGGGUAUCAUGUUGGCUGUAGACUGCUUUUGGCUAUUGUGACACAGAGCGAUGGAAAACUGUCUGGAUUGUGUGAACUGGCAAUUGCAAAAAAACAAAAAAGCAGUAA